GUCCAGUUCAACCAAAAUGACAAAGUACGACUAUGUAAUCAGCGAUCUUCCCAUUUACAAAGCUGCGUUGCUUGACGAUUGGGAUUCUGUAAGUCAAAUCCUGGAACAAGAUCCAGAACUAAUGACGAAGCAGAUCACCUACUGGUGGGAAACGCCGUUAAUCAUAGCUGUCGGAACCAAUCGCUCUCACCGUUUCGUUCAGAAACUGGUGGAACGCAUCGUUGCCGUUGGUGCAUCAGAUAAGCUGUUUGUGACAAGUUACGGUGGAAACAGUCCGCUUCAUUAUGCUGCUAAGGUUGGGAAUACGAUUGAUGCCAAGCUUUUGGUAGCGCAGAAUUUGGAUAUGACUCGAGUUCCGAAUCCGUAUGGUAAUACACCCUUGAAAUUGGCAGCAUGGCAUGGAAACAAGGAGACGCUUCAGUACUUGCUGACCGUAACUAGGGAUUUACUCCCCGGGGAAGAAGGAACUAGUCCCUACACCGGAGUUGCUGGCGGCGAUCUCAUUACUCUUACGAUUAUGGCCGGAUUCUAUGAUGUUGCGUUAGACAUAAUCAAAAUGCACCCAAACAUCGUGCUAGAAUACGACAGGAACAACCAAACAGCUUUGCAAGUAUUAGCUAUGAAACCAGAAAUUUUUCCCAGUGGAAGCAGACUAGGAUUUUGGGGACAUUUCAUCUAUUCAUUGAUACCUGCUGUGAAGAAGAGUGAAGGGGCUACAAAAGUCAACAUGUUCUUGAGUAUUUUCAGCAAGUUCACUGCUGGAUUUUGGAGUGCGCUUCAGUAUGUGGCUCCACCAAUCAAGAAUAUCCAUGAUAUCAAAGUAAAUAAUAUCCAGAGCAGCCUACUUGUCAAUGGUAUAUGCAAGAUUGUGAUUGAAAAGGUUGAUCAUGACACAGCUUGGAAGAUUUUAGGAUCUGCAAUAACUACAGCAGUCACAUAUGGGACUCAUGAGCUUAUUGAGGAAUGCAUAUUAACUUACCCUGGCAUAAUCUGGUAUGAUGUUGGAGGAUUUUACUUGUUCCUUGCAGCCAUCAAACAACGUCAAGAACGAGUCUACAAUCUCGUGCACCAAAUGUCUGGCCACAGAGUGUUUGCCGCAACUCAGCUUGAUGGUGAAGAAAAUGAGAACGCGUUACACAUCGCUGCAAAGUUAGCCCCACCUCAUCGGCUUAAUGUUGUGACUGGUGCAGCUCUACAAAUGCAACGUGAGCUUCAAUGGUUCCAGGAAGUUGAAAAAUUUAUAGAGCCAUCUUAUAAAGAAGCUUUAAACAAAUCAGGGAAAACCCCAAGAAUGGUUUUCACUGAUGCCCAUAAAGAGUUACUUGUAGAAGGACAACAGUGGAUGAAAGACACUGCAUCUUCAUGUACUGUGGUAGCAGCACUCAUAGUCACGAUGGCGUUCGCAGCCGCCUUCACGCUCCCAGGUGGAAAUAACGACGAUGGGAAACCUCUGUUCUUAGAUCGCGGAACCUUCAUGCUUUUCAUCGUAUCAGAUGCCAUUGCAUUAUUUUCAUCAUCUACAUCAGUGUUGAUGUUCUUAGGGAUACUUACUUCACGGUACGCAGAAAGUGACUUCCUUUAUGCGUUGCCAAAGAGGAUGACGAUCGGACUACUGUCUUUAUUCUUGUCGUUGGCAACAACUAUGAUAGCAUUCAGUGCUACGAUCGCACUCGUGCUUCGAGAUAAGGUUACGUGGAUCGCGGCCCCUCUUGUUAUUGCUACGAGUAUUCCUUUGUGCUUGUUUGGGUUGCUGCAAUUUCCUCUACUGGUGGAGCUUGUCUACUCCUCAUACGGACCAAGCAUCUUUCACAAGCAGAACAACCGAAGGAUUCAUUAGCGUUUCUAAAGUAUAUAAUAUUUAUAUACGUCAUACUUAUUACUUGAUGAGGUUUGAACCGUUGAUCUUUUGGAAGGUUGGGUCUAUCAGUAAUACGGGCACUACUUCCUAUGGUCGUAUAAGUUGGUUAAACAAGAAGUCUUAAGUAUUCUGUAAUUUAAUUAAUUCGGCUUAUUGUGGUUUCGAAAC